AUGGCUUCAGAGUCUCCUCAGAUGGACACGACGGCGUCCCAGACGGGCGCCAGUCAGACAGCUGUCGGACAGGACGAAACCGGCGCUAAGAGGAAGGCGGAACAGUCCAACGGAACAUCUACGCGCACUAAGCGGAAUCGCUACAUUUCUAUUGCCUGUAAUGAGUGCAAACGGAGGAAGAUCAAGUGCAAUGGGCAAGUGCCGUGUCAGCGCUGCGGGCACUUGAAUCUAGAAUGUCGAUAUGCGCCGAAUUGCUGCAAUAAUAAUUUCAAGGAUUCCGAGGAAUUCCGGACUAUGAAGGACCAAAUCACCAACUUGCAAGAUCAGGUUAACAGUCUUUUCGUCAACUUGAGCGAUCUCCGUACACAGCAAAGGACAUCUCUCGAUCCUCCGAGUUUGGAUGCUUUAUCUCGCGACGGAUCACAAGUUUUCACGCCUUUGCAGCACGGCUCGGCAAGACCGCGUGUCAGACAUCCCCGUUUUCAGGGCCCUACGAGCUCUGCGUUCAACUUCGACGUUGCAAGGUCAAGUCUCCAGGAAAUGGGUAUAGCAGCACCGGCAGAAGAUGGGAUGGUUGAUGAUCUGACGACUGCUCAUGCCACGCCUGCUGUCUCGCCUCCAUUACAUCCACCCCCGCCGUCGCAGUUGGUACCGGCUCCGAAUAUCGUCCAUCCAACCAAGGACCCAAUAUGGAGUAUUAAACGGGAAGAAGCAUUACGGCUGUGUAGGGUCUACGAGGAAGAGAUCGGAAUCAUGUAUCCCCUUGUGGACAUCGGGAAGAUCACUCAGCAAGUGAACCUAUUAUACACAUUCAUGGAGGCUGCAAUGCGGACUGGAUUUGCACAGCGUGGAUUACCGGGCUCGGAUGGUCUUCAGGACGAUAACACUAAUAUCUUGAAGAUGAUUCUUGCAACCACCCUUGUUGUCGAAGGAAGUGGGCAGAGCGACCUUGGUCAGCGGUUGUAUUUGAGCAUGAAGCCGGUUGUUGAUUCCAAGCUCUGGGAGCCUUUGGAUAUUAGAACUAUUCAGCUAUAUGGCCUUGUGGCGACAUACCAUUUCCACACGGACGAUGAUGCCAUGGCUUACCGUGUCAUCGGUCUUGCAGCUAGGAUGUGUCUUGAAUUGGGACUGCAUCGACGAGAUGCGCUGAAGAAAACAUUCCCCAAUGAAGACCAAUGGCCUGAUGUCAGCAAAAUCUUCUGGUCAAUUUACAGCCUGGAUCGACGAUGGAGCCUGGGCACAGGUUUGCCAUUUGUGAUUCAGGAUGAGGAUAUUGAUCCUAAUUUGCCGGAGCCGGACUCAUCAUUGCCCUACCUAAAAUGUAUGGUCUCGUACAAUCGCAUUGGCUCUAAGAUCUGGUAUUCCGGACUUGGUUCCGAAGGCUCUACGGACCUUCGACGCGAUGAGAUUGGCUAUUUAGACUACCAGAUUCUUCAAUGGUACAAGAACGUCCCGGAUGCAUUGAAAUUCUAUCCCUUCGACUCCCCGAAUCACGGGGAAUCCGCAAGUCGGGGUCUCCGCCGUCUCCGCGUGUUGCUAUACCUGCGCAUGAACCAGCUUCGAAUCCUCAUAUAUCGACCCGUCCUCCACUCGCCGGCGAGUAUUGCCGAGGACCACAGCCACGCUCAGACAGUAAUCGACGUCGCCAAAGACACCGUUCGGGUACUCACCCGCCUCAACCAAACAUCGGACAUUUACCGCACGCAGCAAAUCUGCUUCAACUACUUCCUCGUCGCCGCGCUAGCGGUUCUCUUCCUAGCCGUAUGCCAUGCACCCAAUGAAUUCAACCGUCAGGUACGGGACGAAUUCUACAUGGCCCUAGACCUGCUCAGUGGCUUCAGCACCAAAUCCUACGUCUCCAAACGUCUCUGGAAAACUAUCAAGGGCCUUCGAACCAUUGGUGAGAAACUAGGCGUGCUGGCGCGUCCGUUCGCUUCAGAUGCCAACGACCCUCAUUCAACAGCUGCUGUCGCGAUGGCCGGCUUGGCCGGUCAUCCGAUAGAAGAUCUCUCGGUAUAUGGGUCUAUGAACGGGGUACACGAACUGGGGAACAGUCCAUUGAACGGGCUGCAGAUGAGCCAUGAGCUUACUAAUUUGUUUGAAGCUGUUGGAGGAUUCGGUAAUUUCAUGGGGCCGUCUGGGACUGGGGCUAUGAAUGGAUUCGGGCAUAAUGGCGAGAUUCCUAAUACGGGAGAAGGACUGUCGGGGGUGUUGGGGGAUGAGGGGGAGUUCGCACGAGUAAUACGAGAUUUGUUCUAG